CAAUAUUACUUAUCAUAGCGUUCUCCGCUUGCAAAUCCCGGAAUUCAAAACAAGGCUAAUACUUUGACAAUGGAAAACCUUCCCCCCAUCGCUGUCACUGAACAGAAUCCUUUCUGUCUGGAAAUGAUGAAACGGCUCAACAUACAAAGAAAACAAGGCCAAUUAUGCGACAUAACUUUGAUUACGAAAGAUGACCAAGAGUUAAAGGCUCACAGGAAUGUCCUUUCCGCAGCGAGUCCGUUCUUUUGCAAGCUUCUUCAGAGCGACAUGAGAGAAAAUCGGGAAGGGGUCGUUCGUUUUGAGGAGAUUUCGGGAUCUGUCAUGGAAGAUGUAUUGGAAUUCAUCUACACUGGAACUGUGGAAGUAACUCAAGAAAAUGCUGAAGAGUUGGUCGCUGCAACGAAUUAUCUCAUUGUCCCAAAUUUGAAAACAAUCUCUGGUCGAUAUCUACAACACCAAAUGUGUAAAUCCAACUGUAUUUCGACCUUUUACUUCGCCGAGAAAUACGACUGUGAAGAGCUUGUAAGCGAAAGCAAGAGUUUCAUUCACGAGAACUUUGCAUCUGUGGCAGUCAUGGAUGAAUUCCUUAGUUUGGAAGCCAAAGAGGUGGAGAGAUGGAUUUCAAGCGAUGAGAUUGUUGUUAAAACGGAAGCUGAUGUUUUUCAGAUUGCGGAAAGGUGGGUUGAACAUAACAAGAGCGAGCGGAAAGCAGGAUUUGAAGAGCUGCUUCGUCACGUUCGACUGGUUUUCGUAUCGCGUGACUAUUUGUUGAAUGUCGUGACAAACGAACUCGUUCGUGACAGCGCUGAUUGUUUUAGGCUGGUUUCAGAUGCCAUAAAACUGACUACGUUUUCAACUGAUGUUGAUUUUCCUCAGUCACCAAGAAAAGGACUUGAAACACGUGCCAUAGUGGCUGCCGGAGGAAAAUAUGCCUGCUGUUAUGUCCCUGCUAAAGAUGAAUGGAAAAUUUUACCUGAACUUUUGUUGGAGAGAGACCAUGGAACUCAAAUGAUUACAUUCCGCGAUCAGUUGUAUAUGUUUCAUAGUUGCAAUUCAGUACAGCGGUAUGAUCCUGUGUUUAAUGGUUGGUCAUCAUUGGACCUCAAAAUGCCAUCUUUUGACUACUUGGCUAUUGUUAAGGGAGACCUGUAUUCUGUUGGGCAACCGUUUCUGUUUGGAUCGUUUCUGAUUUCUGAAGAUAAGGAUAAAGUCAUCAAAAAAUACCAUGUAGAGUCACAUUUAUGGCAGACAAUUCACACCUCUAAUCCAUGCUCUAGGAAAGAGUCUUGUGUCAUUGGAUCUGGUAAACAUUUGUAUUUUUUAGGUGGGAAGUCCACACAUACAUCCCAAUAUGUUGCAAAAGCUCACAGAUUUGACACUGUGGAGAUCAAAUGGGAGGAAAUUGCAGACAUGCAGCAGGCUAGGGGUGGGGCUUUUGGUGUGGCCACUCAGGAAAAGAUCUUUGUUGCUGGAGGAGCAGAUGAAGAAAGCACAGUAUUGAAAACAUGUGAGGUGUACAAUGUUUCCUCAAACGAGUGGCAUUUAAUUGCAAACUUGAAUGUUUAUCGCAUUCAUGGUAGCAUGGAUUGUCUUGGUGGAACAUUGUAUGUGCUGGGUGGCUUUGACCAAACUAAGAAAAAACCAGAAUAUUCAGUUGAAUGUUAUAACUCCACACAGGGCAAGUGGAUUGUGAAGACAACCAUACCAGUGGAAAAGAACUGUAAGAACAAACAUGCAUUCAAUUGCUGUGUGCUUAAGUUCUCCAAAGGAGUAUUGAAUGAUCUCUAUGAACCAAGUUUUGAUGAUUAGCCAUACUCGAACUGAACUCAAGUGAAUAAAAAUUACCUAUAGAAACUUCUGAAGAAACAAUUUGUAACAGAGAUGGAAUCCUCUUGAUUAAAAGCUAGACAAGAUAAGGUAGUACAAAGAACAAUGACUGAACUUUCCCAUCAACCUUAGUCAGGAGAGAAACAUGGAAAUUUCAUUGCAUGUUGUUAUGUGAUUGCAAGAGAACAACACUCAGCCUUUUUUCUCUUUGUGCUAACAAAUCCUUGAUAAGUCUCCAUGUAGUGUUCUGUCUGAGAGCAGUCUUUUAUCAAUUUGUAUUGUCCAUUUUUAAAAGUGGUCCAUAACCUUUGAAAAAUUUGUAUAAGCUUCACUGAUCUCCACACCCUUAAGAACUUGUAGAAUUCAAGUUGAAAGAGGAAUUGAACACUAAAAUCUAUAAGCUGAUGUUUAAAAAUUCCAAUCAUUGUUAACUGAAAUAGAAUUAUCUGUAUGCAUGUUUCACUUGAGCGCAGUAUUCUAGAAUUUUCAUUGUACAAAUUUGAGGCUUUGCUUGAUCAAAAAAAAGGAAGUGUAUUUGAUCUAGGAUGAGAAUCUCACGAGACUAGCUUUUAGCUUAAACAAGCCAAUUUAAAAUAAGCUCAUGAUGGAAACACAGAUGAAAUAAAAGUACA